AUGGCUCCAAGUUUAAACUUGAGCAAAGUGCCAAUGACACCAUUCCGUGUCAUGGCUGUAGUGGCAGGGUUUGCUGCUAUUUUUCUUGUAAUAUCAGCCAUAAGAACCACUGGCCCACAGCAGAAACUGGGGGCAGUGUUUCACCAUGCUUCUGAUGCAUUCAAGCGGGAUACUAUGAGCAGAACAAUGGCAGAUGCAAAUUACUGGAAAAAUGUAAACUUGGAGGCAGAAGACCUUCCGGCUGAUAUCAACCACACAGCAGCCAAAGUUCAGGUCAACUCAAAGACAGUCAAUAUAAUGGGCACGAACACCUUUUACCGAGAGGCACACCCUCCAGAUGGUGUUUCCAGUAGUGGAGAAGUGGUCGUCCUCCUCCAUGGUGCUGCCUUUAAAUCUGAGACCUGGCUGAACCUAAACACCAUCAACCUCCUUGCUGCAAUGGGUCAUCGAGUGGUGGCCAUUGACCUGCCAGGCUAUGGAGAGACAGUUAGUGCUAAGAAUGUGGACAAUGCUGACUUCUUGCAAGAGUUUUUGACCAAGUUAGAAAUCACGAGGCCAGUCAUGGUUUCCCCCUCAAUGAGUGGUGGCUUCUCCAUCCCGUACAUUCUCAAGCACCCUCAAGCACUUGGAGGAUAUGUACCAGUUGCACCUGUGGACUCUAAAAAGAUUGUGCCACAUGCCUCAGAAAUCACAAUUCCAACCCUAAUCAUAUAUGGAUCUAAGGACCAAAGUCUGGGUGUGGAGUCUAAGAAAAAUCUGAUCAACAUCCCAACAUCACAGGCAGUGGAGCUACCUGAUGCAAGGCACCCAGCUUAUCUGGAUAGGCCCAACCAGUUCCAUACUCUGCUCUUUAACUUCAUUAAGCAAGUCCAUGCUCAUAAAGUCUAGUCUAGGAUUCAUUCAAUUUUUUUGUUGUAUUGCUAUUGCUAUUUCUUUAACUAUAAUUCCUAACCUUUCAAUAUUUUGUGCUACUGAUUAUUUUAUAAGAAAGGUAGAUUUUUAUAUAUAAUAGAGUAUAUAUAAAACUCAAAAUAUAACAAUAAACAAAGUUUUAGGCCAUUUUGUUUACCAGGGUUUUCUAUCAUCUUUUUCUUUUGCAAAUUAAAAGUUGAACCUAAUAAACUAAUCAUGGGCCUGUU